AUGCCACCCCGAGGAAGCGAGGGUCUUGACUUCACGCCCAUACUUACCCACUAUGUCUUCUUGUUCACCGCUAUCCUUGCGAUAGUAGGAUGGUUUCUUGCGUUCAUUGCACAAGCCAUAGCAACUGCCGAUCUCGGUCAUGGCAGCGUCGGCGUCCUGUGGUUCGCCAUAUUUUUGCAACUUUUUCUCGUGCUGGGCGUUCUCCACACGCUUGCAAGUGAUUCCAUCGCCAUGCACCGAUUCCAAAUAUCCGUGUUUGGUGCGGUUGCCAUCGUCUUCGCGGUUAUUGGUGUCAACCAAGGCAUCUUCUCCGGAUUUGCAUCGCUGGAUGCAAUGGCAGCUGGCUGGCUUAUCAACGCAAUAAUUGAUAUUAUCUGGGUCCUCUACUUUACUUCUGAAGAAGACUCGCUCAUGCUACAUAUCUUCAACUCCAUGGGCACAGGCGGCCUUACGCCCCCAUCACGUCGUCGGAGAGCUACACGCGCUGCUUCUAUGCACACAAUGAGUGCGGGAAACGGAUACCAGGCUGGCUACGCUCCAACGGCGGGUGGGGGUUACGAUACCAAGAUGGCGAGCAGCAUUGGGGUUCCCAUUGGCAGCGGCAAUAGCUUCCAUGCGGGUAGUGUUGAGGGUGCCCCCAGGAGUAUUGUAGGCAGUGGCAGCCUCAACAAUGCACCAAUAGGGGACAACAACAACGUUGCCUCCCCAAGUUCUCCGCUCAUGGGAGGCGGUGCUGCUGGUGUAGGCGCAGGGGGUGGUCCCGGUCCGCAGAACCCUCCAACAAACACCGAUGCAAACCUUGGUGAAUACAAAGCACGAGCGCUAUACUCAUACAACGCUUCCCCCGAGGAUGUGAAUGAGAUCUCGUUCCAAAAGAAUGAUGUCCUUGAGAUCCUUGAUAAGACGGGGAAAUGGUGGCAAGCGAAAAAGGCGGAUGGUUCGGUAGGAAUCGUACCAUCAAAUUAUCUCCAAGUCAUCUAA